GUGCGCGCGCGCGUGCGUUAGAUGGUCGUGUGUGGGCGCGUGCGUGUGCGGAGUGUGUGGCGAGCGCGGUCGGACUGUGGCUCCGUUGCGUUGUUUGUGUUGCAUUGUAGCCGGCCUGCUCUUCUCGUGUUUCACUUGCGAACGAUGGCAAUGUGCAAGAAAUGGCUGUGAAGCACACCGGCCGAGCUUUGCUGGCCCUGCUCGGGCUGCUGGCUGUCGGGAACGCUCUUCGUUGCAACUGCACGACCUGCGAGAAGACGGGCUAUGAGUGUGAGACGGACGGCGCCUGCAUGGCCUCCACGUACACCAUCCAGGGGAAGGAGCAGCACGUACGCAUCUGCAUCAACAGGGACAACCUGGUUCCGCCCGGGCAACCCUUCUACUGCCUGAGCGCCGAGGGUCUGCUCAACACUCACUGCUGCUAUGUGGACUACUGCAACAGUAUUGACCUGAAAGUCCCCGUGCCCACCAAGGAGGACAUUUCGGGCUCGGCCGGCUCCUGGGGUCCCGUGGAGCUGGCGGCGGUCAUCGCGGGGCCCGUCUUUCUGCUCUGUGUGCUGCUCAUGGUGGGCGUUUUCCUCUUCCAGUAUCACCAGAGGGCCUACAGUCACAGGCAGAGGUUGGAAGUGGAGGACCCGUCAUGUGACCAUCUGUACUUGGCCAAGGACAAGACCCUGCAAGACCUCAUCUAUGACAUGUCUACCUCCGGAUCAGGCUCUGGCCUGCCCCUAUUUGUGCAGCGGACCGUGGCCAGGACCAUCGUACUGCAGGAAAUCAUCGGGAAGGGCCGCUUCGGCGAAGUCUGGCGAGGGAAGUGGCGCGGCGGGGACGUGGCGGUGAAAAUCUUCUCAUCCAGGGAGGAGCGCUCCUGGUUUAGAGAAGCCGAGAUCUACCAGACAAUCAUGUUGCGCCAUGAAAACAUCCUGGGCUUCAUCGCGGCAGACAAUAAAGACAACGGCACGUGGACGCAGCUGUGGCUGGUGUCCGACUAUCACGAGCACGGCUCCCUUUUCGACUACCUAAAUCGCUACUCGGUCACCAUCGAGGGCAUGAUCAAGCUGGCGCUGUCGGCCGCCAGCGGUUUGGCACAUCUGCACAUGGAGAUCCUCGGCACUCAGGGUAAGCCCGGCAUCGCGCACCGUGACCUCAAGUCCAAGAACAUCCUGGUGAAAAAAAACGGCAUGUGCGCCAUCGCCGACUUGGGCCUGGCCGUCCGCCACGAAUCCAUUACGGACACCAUUGAUAUUGCCCCCAACCAGCGCGUGGGCACCAAAAGGUACAUGGCUCCAGAAGUGUUGGACGAGAGCAUCAACAUGAAGCACUUUGACUCCUUCAAGUGCGCCGACAUCUACGCUCUGGGCCUGGUCUACUGGGAGAUCGCGCGCCGCUGCAAUGCCGGAGGUGAGACGCGUGCGCGCACACGAAGACACACACACACCUCUGCGCAGCAGAGCCUCCAGGACGCACCCGAUCGUUUCCAUUGCGCUUAUAUGGCAGGUAUCCACGAGGAGUACCAGCUGCCCUACUAUGACCUGGUGCCCUCUGACCCCUCAAUAGAGGAGAUGAGGAAGGUGGUGUGUGACCAGAAGCUGCGGCCCAACGUGCCCAACUGGUGGCAGAGCUACGAGUCACUGCGCGUGAUGGGCAAGAUCAUGCGUGAGUGCUGGUACGCCAACGGUGCGGCACGUCUGACGGCGCUGCGCAUCAAGAAGACCCUGUCGCAGCUCAGCGUGGAGGAGGACAUCAAGAUGUGAAAGAAGCCCUGCCAGUUUUCAAGCCAAGGCCUACCUCACCUUUUUAGCCAAAACUACUGAGACCCACCGACCCUGUCCCAUGUCCUUGUGUCUCCCCGCCCCCGAAGCCCCCAAACCCUUUCCCGUCGUCAUGGGCCGCAGCACUACCGCUGUUAAUAUCAUCUCACUGUUAUUUUCAGCUUCCAGAUGGCAGGAACUACUAUUGUACAGUUUUCAUGAAUUUAGCUUUGUUGUUUUUUUUAAUUCACUCCAAAAUCGUCCCAACCAUGGAAGCCUGACAACCUGUGAAUGUUUGAGUAAGAUAGAGGCCAUGUUUGUAAUCCCAUGUGGAAGGACUAAUAAACACACAUCCUCUCGCCGUGACCAUCACUAACUGGAGAUUAAAAAAUAUAUGCUGUAUAUAGAAAAAUGUCAUCAUGUGUAGCCUCCUCUGUGCAACCUACAGGCAAUCACUGGACUGGCAGGGAAAAAUGUUUUUAAUUUAUUUGUGACUCUUGACUUGAUGUGGAUAAACACUGUGAGACGUCCGGCACCGAGCGCCGUCGUCCAAACGGCUUGAUGACAUCGGGCUGAGAGGCGUAUCAAAUGUUUUGAUUUCUUUUUUUUAAUAUCUCGAUAUAUUGUGUGUUUCUGCCAUGAAUUGUGUUUUCUUUUGUGACUUCUGACACUACUGAUAAUGGGUACCUUUUUUUUUCUUUUUAAACUAAACAACACUCCCCUGUCCGUAAGCACCAAUGUGAACAGUGAUGGUACUUUAACUUUUUUUUUAAACGACACUAAAUGAGUCAGCUGCAUUUUCUUCUGUCCCCCCCUCGCCCUCCCUCCACACAGACUCCUGAUCUGUUGGUACUACUGAUCCCACAUUUGUUGCAGCUGAUUUCCUUCCUGUUCAUGUUAGGGAUUGCCAGGCAAGUCAUUUUCAGGACUGCGCAACACGGAUGUGAUUGCAAGCAGCUCCCCUAACUGACACUGGAAAAUUUUUGGGAGCGGCCGAGAAUUCGGUACCCUGUUUGAUUGCAAAGCAGAAGCAUGAUGUCAUAAGUAGUUCCUGGAAUGGUCGCCAAAGUGAAGCUGCAUGAUUUUCAUUCAUUUUGUUGGCCUUGGCCACGCCGAGGCGUUGAUCAGGAAAUCUGUGUGUCCAUAUUUGUUUGUGUCCACGUUUGUUCAUGUCCGUCGUGCAUGCAGCCGGGGAGUUUAUGGGAGACACAUACGGCCCUGUCCGUGUUUUACGUUGCCAUGCAUACGCGGGCGGCUAUUAGACAACCUGUCCUUGUGUAAUAUUUCAUGAUAGAAAAAUCCAUGUUGUGCAAAUGUUUUCAGGAUUACUGUAUAUAGAUGAUAUACAAUAAAUUCCUUUUUUUUUUCUUAA